GAUCUACGGGGUGACAAAAGAGAGGGGGAUGCGACAAGAGAGUGGAAGAGAGGAGCACGGUGGAGCUCAUAGUGAGUUUGAAGAGGGAAAGCGCGGCGGCGUCGCCUGUUCGGCUUGUUUCCCAACUAGCUAAAUCGCCGAGAGACGAAAAGGACAAAGCAGAACCACGUUAACGCGGGCCCUGCGGGAACCAUGGAGAGGAAAAGCAGAAGCGAGGAAGAGGAUGAUGAACCGAAGCGAGCAGGGGGGGAGGCGGGUCGGAUAUAUAAUUUAUGCCCGACCGGGAAGAAGUUCCGGAGCAAGCCACAGCUGGCCCGUUACCUUGGCAACUCCAUGGACCUGAGCUCCAUCGACUUCCGCACCGGAAAGCUGCUCAUGAACAAGCUGAGCAAGACCCGACAGCGGCUGCGCUAUGACAACAACAGCCAGAGCAAGGGUAAGCCGGACCUGAACACCUCCCUCCCGGUCCGACAGACGGCAUCCAUCUUCAAACAGCCUGUCACCAAGGUGACCAAUCACCCCAGCAACAAGGUGAAAAGUGACCCCCAGAAAGCCAUCGACCAGCCCAGACAGCUGUUCUGGGAGAAGAAACUGAGCGGACUCAAUGCCUUCGACAUCGCCGAGGAGCUGGUGAAGACCAUGGACCUGCCCAAGGGACUGCAGAGGGUGGGCCCCGGCUGCACGGAUAAGACGCUGCUGUCGGCCAUCGCCAGCGCCCUGCACACCAGCGCUGCUCCAAUCACGGGCCAGCUCUCCGUUGCCGUGGAGAAGAACCCUGGCGUGUGGCUCAACACCACGCAGCCCCUCUGCAAGGCCUUCAUGGUGACGGACGAUGACAUACGGAAGCAGGAGGAGCUGGUGCAGAGCGUGAGGAAACGCCUGGAGGAGGCACUGAUGGCGGACAUGCUGGCACACGUGGAGGAGGCGGAGCGGGAGGAGCCUGGGCGCGAGGACGCAGAGCGCAACGAGGACGACGACCACACGGAGGCGGUAUAGCCACGGCCCAGGGGGCGAUGUUGAGCUGCCUGAAAUUCGGAGCAUCCCGUGGAACCCAACCAGGGUCGUCUCUCUGCCUGCCCCCAAAACGGCACCUCUCAGACUCCCCAAUCCCCCCUCCCCGGCAACAGCUGUCAUGGCAACCACCACCUCACGGACUCUACCCAAUUUCCCCCUCCCUGACAACAUGGCAACCUCCCCUCUUUCCACCAUGAAGGACUUGUGCUGCAAUCCUGAAUCCUUCAGGUUGAUUAGUGGCUAAUAGUUGUUGUUUUUUUUUUAUAUAAAAACAUUUUCAUUAUACGGUUGUGUGAGAGUUUCAGCAGAUCUGAGCAGUUUUCCAUGUUUUCUUUUAAUUAUAUAAUUGCAUUUUCUUUUAACAUUUCCACAUCUUGGAUUUUGGUGUGUGUGUGUGUGUGUGUGUGUGUGUGUCAUCUGGGAAUGCGCGGUGGCCAAGUAGGGCAUAACCUUGUGAUCAUGUCAAGCUUUUCUGUAGUCCUAUCCACCAACACAAGUUCUUACAGCUCAAUAGGUUACACUUCAGUGUAUGUUACAAAAGCGACAACCUCAAACACUGGUAUUCAGUUUGGAGUGGAGGUGAGUCCUGUGUUCAGUUUAGCACAGUGGUCUCCAACACUAGUCCUGGCGAGCUACAGGAUUUGCUGGUUUAAAUUAUUACUCUGCACUCGAUUAAUCAAUUAGAGCAGCUGAUUACACAUUUAACUCGCCUCACCUGGUUACCUGGGUCUCAACAGGGGUGAGUAUUUUCAGGUGAAAAACAAAAAACCAGCAGAUCCAGUAGCUCUCCAGGACCAGGGUUGGACACCACUGGUUUUGUGCCACUCCUGUCAGUGUUCGCCCCCUAUCUCCCAUCACACUCCUUGUGCUCCUGCUCUAGAUGUGCACUGACAGACAGGAGCCACUAGAGGGCAGCAGUAACGCCUACAGAGGCCUGCUUGACGAGUGACAACUUCCUGUGUGGAGCAAUUUCCUGUGCCAGUUUUUUUUUCUUUUCUUUUUUUCUCUGUUGUUGCUUCCUUUGAGCCCAAGGUACUCUCCUUCCCUCGGUGACGCCUGGAAGGCAGCAGCUUGUAGAACUAGAAAACUUAAUAGCGACAGAUUAGCAAACUAGCUAUAGCUCGGCAACAUAGAUACAGAUAGAUUUGAUACAAAUACGUUUAAGAAAAGUUGUCUGCGAAGAAGGAGCCCAUGUACACGUAAUCUGUGGCUGGCUGAGCUGAACCUGCUGCCUUCCAGGCAUCACUGGGGGAAGGAACGUGCCUUGGGCAUCUUUUGACAAAAUAAAUGUGGGAGUCCAUAAAGUAUAUAUGCUUUAAGUGGAGGGGAAAAAAAUCAGCAAUGCAGGUAGACCAGUCUAUUCAAUAAGUUACACUGAGGUUUGUUCCUUGAGACACUAAAGGCUGAGUGUUUUUUUUGUUUUUGUUUUAGAUGUACAUUUCAUUACACAUUGAGGGUGGGAGGCAUGUAUGGUGAACUGUUAUUUUAACAUACGAUUGGUUAAUGGCUCCCUCCACAAUGAGUCCGAGCCAAUUGCUUUCAAGGUAGCUUGUGACAUCACAAUGGAGCUACCUACUGAGAAUUCUUUCUGGAACAAAACAAGGUGCUGGAAACUCGGGAGUGUUUGUAGACGUCGGUUUAAUUUAACACUAGUUCUGUUAUUACCUUGCAUGUAUUUUUCUCUGUUAAAUAGACUUUAGAAAGUAUUUCUUUACGCAGUUUAAAUUUGGUGCUGCCCCUCCCACAACACCCUACCCCUUUGCUCUGCUUUUAUCUUUCAGCUUUUAUAUUCUUAAAUCUUUGAUUAGUGGUGUGGAAUGUUUAAGAAGUGGGGCCACUUGUUCCUUAAAAAAUCUUUCAAUGUGUUAUUUUGUAAAAUUUAAAUUUAAAUAUUUGUCAACUUUUUUUUUUUCCUCCUCUUUCUGUUUUUACUCCAAGCUCUGUACACAGUUUGGGGUUCAAAUCCAGUUUAGGAAAUGAAGUUUCCGCUUCAGUUAAGAUGUAGACCUGAGAAACCCAAAGUGAUUUGUGCUUUGAGAUUCGCAUCAGCAAGCCUUUACUGCUGAGAUUUUGUUUGGGAAAAAAAAAAAAUUAAAAAAGUAAACUAA